AUGGGCUCCGGGCAUGGAGAAACUCCCUCCACAUCCAUCUCCAUCUUCCCAUUCACUGGAGGACAAGACAAAAGCGGAGCGCAGAUUUGACAGCCGCCGGCGGCGGCUCAGCUGCCAGUGGCACGCAUGGCUCGCCGAGGAGGAGCCGCCUCCCGCGCGCCCUCCCUCCCGCUAGCCUUCGCCCGCGCGCCCCGCAGCUCCGCUCCGCUCGGCUCCGGCGCCGGCGGCGGGCCCGGGGAGCGCGAGCAGCGGGUGGCCGCGCGUCCUCGGAGCAGUGGCCUUCAGGAGCCCCUGGCAGUCCCGCUAAGGCGAGCGCAUCCCGGAGGCGGCGGCAGCGACGUCUCCCAUCCACGCGCCCAGCCCCGGGGCCGCCCGGGGACUCCCUCCCCAGCUGGGCCUCCGAUCCUCGUCGCUUUCCAGCCUCUCCGGGGGCCUCUCGGCGUCUCCCCUCCCCUCCGCGUCUGA